UAGCAGGCGAGGGAGGGGCCGCUCCAAGGCUGAUCUGGUGGCGGCUGCUUACUCGAGAGGAAGUCGGCGAAGGGACAACGACGCUCUGCGGAGACAUGUAAAGAUGGCAGAGCUACAAAUGUUGCUCGAUGAAGAGAUCCCGGCCGGCAAGAGCGCGCUCGUCGAGAGUUACCAGAACCUAACGAGAGUCGCGGACUACUGUGAGAACAAUUAUGUGCAGGCCCAGGACAAGAGGAAAGCUCUGGAGGAGACCAAAGCCUACACCACCCAGUCCCUGGCCAGCGUGGCCUACCAGAUCAAUGCCUUAGCCAACAACGUCCUGCAGCUGCUGGAUAUCCAGGCCUCACAGCUGCGGCGCAUGGAGUCCUCCAUCAACCACAUCUCUCAGACGGUGGACAUCCACAAAGAAAAAGUGGCCCGGCGGGAAAUCGGGAUCCUGACGACUAACAAGAACACGUCGAGAACCCACAAGAUCAUCGCACCUGCCAACAUGGAGCGCCCGGUGCGGUACAUCAGGAAGCCUAUUGACUACACGGUACUGGACGACGUCGGCCACGGAGUAAAGUGGAUGAAAGCCAAGCAGCACGGAAACAAUCAGUCAAUCCGAGGAGGAACACUAUCGCGGACCAACCCACCGACGCAAAAACCACCAAGUCCACCCAUGUCAGGGCGCGGCACGCUCGGGCGCAACACAUCUUAUAAAACCUUGGAGCCUGUGAAGCCCCCCACAGUGCCCAACGACUACAUGACCAGCCCGGCACGACUCAGCAACCAGCACGGUGCACAGCACAGCCCGGGACGCACGGCCUCGCUCAACCAGAGACAGCGCACCCACAGCGGGAGCAGCGGAGGCAGCGGUAGCCGGGAGAAUAGUGGCAGCAGCGGCAUCGGCAUUCCCAUCGCAGUGCCUACUCCCUCCAUUCCCAACCCUGGAUCUGUCCUGUCCAUGACCUCCCCUCCAGGCGUGCCUCCGCCGCCUCCCCCACAUCCUCCUCCUCCUCCUUCUGCUGUGGCCGGGCUCGGCCCGCCGCCCCCGCCACCACCUCCUCCUCCUUCUAUAGCCGUAGCCCCCGGGCCCGGCCUGGGCCCGGCCCCGAUGUCACAGUUCGGCACCAUCUCGCGGCAGAUUUCGCGGCACAACCCCGCCAACUCGUCCGUCUCCAUGGUCUCGGCCACGGGCACCUACCGUCGGGCGCCGUCGGUCACGUCGCAGUUCUCCUUGCAGCAGCAGCAGCUACAACUGCAGCAGCAGCAACAACAACAACAACAACAGCCUCAUAUUAAUGGCGGCACACCUGCUUACAACCAGAACUCAAUCGCAGAUACCCCGACCCCGCCUCCUCCGCCGCCCCCAGAUGACAUCCCCAUGUACGACGACUCCCCUCCGCCGCACCCCCCUCCUCCUGUGGACUACGAGGAGGAGGACGCGGCGGUCGUCCACUACAACGACCCCUACGCCGACGGCGACCCACAGUGGGCGCCCAAGAAUUACAUCGAGAAAGUGGUGGCCAUCUACGACUACUCCAAGGACAAAGAAGACGAGCUUUCCUUCAUGGAGGGCGCAAUCAUCUACGUAGUGAAGAAGAACGACGACGGCUGGUUCGAAGGCGUCAGCGGCGGCGUCACCGGCCUGUUUCCCGGCAACUACGUGGAGAGCAUCAUACACUACGCCGACUGAGGUGCCACUCACUCUUUGCCAGAAUGUUCUCGACCCGAGUCUCUUAUUAGUCUGUUUUGGUGUUUUCUGGGUGGGUGGGCGGGCGACAUCUUAACAUGGGACAUUUCAUAACGAGUCCCGCCUGCUCACGCGUGUCGACAACUGAAAUAUGGCGGCAGGCUCUGGAGCUGUGAAUGUCACAGCUUUCAUUUCAGUGAAUGUCCAAUGAACAAUUAGGAUCCUCCACUCAUCAUUCCAGCCGUGCAUCGCCACACUUCCUCCAAAGCGCGGCGGUUGUGGCGGGUUUUUUUUUUUUUUUUUUAAGCAUGCAAACCUUUAUAAUAUUACCUUCAAUUUAUUAUUGCCAUUAUGUUGUAAAUUUAUUUACCGGUUUUUCGUUUGGAAAAAUUUUUGUAUUCCUGUUGAAUCACUGAACUUUUAAGGAGAAGCAGAGGGAGAUUUCAGGGCCUCCAACUGAAACAAGGGGUGCUCUCACACUAGUGCUCUUUAGUCCGUUUGGUCAGGUGUGAACACAGUAGAAAUGAGGCGAAAACAAUGGACGCCGCCAUUGUUGUUACGUCAACCAAGGAGUAGAAAUUUAGACUAUAAAGUAUAAAGUUUUCUGGAAACGCAGUAUCACCUCAACAUUCUCGGUUUGGCAGUACCGUAUUGAAAACCCAAGCCGUCAAUACUUUUACUUCGUAGCAGCUAGCUUAUCGUCCCAUAAAAGACGCCGUCGUCUUAUUUACUGAUGUACUGUAGUCUGCUUAUUGUUCCAAAUAACUAUAACGGUCAUCAAUUUGUGCUUUUAUUAGCAUUCUUUAACAAACUAGCACCAUACACCAAACCAUCAGCUGGUGUACAGUACAUUAUUUUCAUACAAUUUAUGUGAAAAGCACCCAAACAUUCCACGUCUAAUUUAAAAAAAAAAACAACUUCGGCCAUGAUGAAUCCUCUUAUGUUCCCACUCAGGUGUUUGCCAUCUCAGAUCACGUCUUUUUUUUUGUUGUCACGUUUGCUUUUAUGCAUCUUCCGACAACAAAUCGAGGCUCAGUGUCUCGGAUAGUGAAAUCUCUCUGCCCUUCAUUUGUAUGUAAAAUAUGUUGAUUAAAAAAAUUUAAUGUACAGCCUUUUAUAAUAAACAAUUCUAUGUACAACAAC